GAGCCUCUCCAGAAGCUCAGAUGCAUGGGCCUUGCCUUGCUCUGCUCCCUCAUUCUGCUGCCAGCGGGCACUCGGGGGGCUACGGCAACUUACAGGCAAAGUUUUAAAAUUUGUGUGUCCUUUCAGGUUUGCCUGAAUCUAUUAUUGCAGCAGGAUGUGCCAGGAUUGGCCAGAGAGUUCUUCACGUUGAUGCACGAAAUUACUAUGGUGGAAACUGGGCCAGCUUUAGUUUUUCAGGAUUAUUAUCCUGGAUUAAAGAAAAUCAGCAAAAGACAGAUACCAGUGAUGAAUGUGAAGACUGGAGAAAACUGAUCCUUGAGAAUGAAGAAGCUAUUUCUCUUAGCAAGAAGGACAGAACUAUUCAACAUGUAGAAGAUUUCUGUUUUGGCGAUCAGGAUUCUGCUGAAGAUGUUGAAGAAGCUGGUGCAUUGCCGAAGCUGCCCAUCUUUGGAGCCUCUGGUGCCCAGGAGGUUGCUCAGGGAUCGGAGGAAGGGUGUCCACCAGCAGAGAGCCAGGAACCCCAACAGGCCACAGGCACCGAGCCAGCAAGUGCAGCAGCAGGGGCUGAGACAGAAACACCCUCUCAGGAGGAAAGUUCUUCUAGCCCGGAUUUAGAUGAGUCCACUCCAGAAUCAGGAAAAUCUGAAGCUGAACCCUCAGAAAUUCCUGCCCAAGAACCAAAGAAAAUUACAUAUUCCCAAGUUGUUAGAGAAGGCAGAAGGUUUAAUAUUGAUUUAGUUUCCAAGUUGCUUUACUCCCGAGGUCUGUUGAUUGAACUGCUGAUUAAGUCCAACGUUAGCAGAUAUGCAGAGUUCAAAAAUGCAACACGAAUUCUUGCCUUUCGAGAAGGAAAAGUAGAACAGGUCCCUUGUUCUAGAGCAGAUGUCUUCAACAGCAGACAGCUCACUAUGGUGGAAAAGAGAAUGCUAAUGAAAUUUUUGACAUUUUGUUUGGAUUAUGAACAACACCCUGAUGAAUACCAAGACUAUGAGAACAGCACCUUCGCUCAGUUCUUACAAACACGGAAGUUAACACCCAGCUUGCAGCACUUCAUCCUUCACUCCAUUGCAAUGGUUUCAGAGACUGAAUGCACCACUCUUGAGGGGCUUCAGGCAACAAAAAAAUUCCUUCGGUGCCUUGGCCGCUAUGGCAAUACACCAUUUCUGUUUCCUCUGUAUGGGCAAGGGGAAAUCCCACAGUGCUUCUGCAGGAUGUGUGCUGUAUUUGGAGGUAUCUAUUGUCUUCGCCACCCUGUGCAGUGCCUUGUAGUGGACAAAGAGUCUGGACGAUGCAAAGCUAUUGUGGAUCAUUUUGGACAAAGAAUAAGUGCAAAAUAUUUUAUUGUGGAAGAUAGUUACCUUUCAGAGAGCACGUGCACAAACGUCUGUUACAAGCAGAUCUCCAGAGCAGUGCUCAUUACGGAUCAGUCUGUACUAAACACAGAUGCAGAGCAGCAGGUUUCCCUUCUGAUGGUGCCUCCAGUGGAUCUAGGAAAACCAGCAGUCUGUGUCAUUGAGCUGUGUCCCUCAGCCAUGACAUGCAUGAAAGACACUUAUUUAGUCCAUUUAACCUGUCCUUCAACUAGCACUGCUAGAGAAGAUUUAGAGCCUGUUGUAGAGAAGUUAUUCAAUCUAAAUACAGAAAAAGAGACUGAAAAUGAAGAACCAGAAAAACCUAGAGUCCUCUGGGCAGCCUACUUCAACAUGAGAGAUUCUUCAGGAGUUGAGAAGAAUUCCUACGAUGGCUUACCCUCCAAUGUUUAUGUCUGCUCUGGACCAGACUCUGCUUUAGGAAAUGACUGUGCUGUCAAACAGGCUGAGACUAUUUUCCGAGAAAUGUUUCCUGAAGAGGAUUUCUGCCCAGCAGCACCAAAUCCAGAAGAUAUUAUUUAUGAUGAAGAUGAGAUUGCUCCAGAAGAGUCUGAAUUCAAUAAUUCAUCAGAGUCAAAACCUGAAUCCUCAGCUGAGGAAAACUGUAGCGAAGGGAGCACUGCUGUUGAGAAGGGAGAUAAUGAGGAGUGA